AUGUCGCACAUCGGUACAGUCAAGAGUAUUCCAAAGGAGCACCGUUAUGCGUUCCUUAACAUGCCCGCCCCGGCGUCCUACGUCGCAGGUCUUGGUCGUGGUGCGUCCGGUUUCACCACCCGAUCCGAUAUCGGUCCUGCGCGCGAGGGUCCGUCAGCAGAGACGAUUGCGGACGCAAUGGCCAAGCGCGGCGAGGAGAUACCCGACCCCGAGCAGUUCCAGGACCCGGACAAUGAGCGCAACCUGUUCGCGGGAACCGUGUACGAGGCCGACGACGAGGAGGCCGACCGAAUCUGGGAGUCUGUGGACCAGCGUAUGGACGAGAGGCGGCGUGUGCGCCGUGAGGCUGCCGAGGCGGAGGCAGCGGCCAAGGAGCGUGCCAACAACCCCAAGCUUCAGACCCAGUUCGCCGACUUGAAGCGCGGCUUGUCCUCGCUCAAGGACAGCGACUGGGACUCGAUCCCGGACGCUGGCAACCUCACGGGCAAGAGGAGGAAACACAACAUGCGUCUCGAGGAGAACCAGAGCGGCAAGAUGUACGCCGUCAGUGACUCUGUCAUGGCUGGCAUGGCACAGCGUACCCAGCUCCUCGGCGAGCUGGAUGCGCAGGACGCUGGAGCCGAGACUCCCGCCCCCGGCACAGACGGUACCAUGACCGACUUUGUCUCGAUUGGUAACGCGCGUGACCGUGUGCUGUCGCUCAAGCUCGACCAGGCGUCCAAGGACGCGACCAACGGCUCGUCUACCAGUAUCGACCCCCGCGGCUACAUGACUGCACUCAACAGCCAGGUGCUCCAGACCGACGCGCAGAUUGGUGAUAUCAAGCAGGCGCGUCAGCUGCUGCAAAAUCUCAUCCAGUCCAACCCCAAGCACCCUCCCGGAUGGAUUGCCGCAGCCUCGCUCGAGGUGCACGCCAAGAAGAUGGUUCAGGCGCGCAAGAUUAUUGCCGAGGGAUGCGAAAAGUGUCCCAAGAGCGAGGACGUGUGGUUCCACGCCGCCGAGCUCAACACCCCCGAGAACGCCAAGCGUAUCCUCGCCCGCGCCGUCGAGCACGUCCCCCAGUCGGUCAAGAUUUGGCUCAAGGCCGCCGACCUCGAAUCCGACAUCAACGCCAAGCGCCGAGUCCUCCGUAAGGCGCUCGAGUUUAUUCCCAACUCGGUGCGGCUGUGGAAAGAGACGGUCAAUCUGGAAGACGACCCCGAGGACGCGCGUAUUCUCCUCUCGCGUGCCGUCGAGGUCAUCCCAACAUCUGUCGAGCUGUGGCUCACCCUUGCCCGUCUCGAAACACCAGACAAGGCCAAGCAGGUUCUUAACUCUGCCCGUCAAAAGAUCCCUACCUCGCACGAGAUUUGGAUCGCUGCUGGCCGUCUUGCCGAGCAGUCGCCAUCGGCCGUGUCCGAGGUCAAGGUCGAGGAGGAUCCCGAGGUUCGACGCAAGCUCGCCACCCAGGUUGACCGCCUGAUAAAGACGGCCGUCAACUCGCUCACCAAGCACCAGGCAGUCCUGUCGCGCGAGCAGUGGCUGCAAGAGGCCGAAAAGGUCGAGGCCGAGGGCAGUCCCCUCACUGCCCAGGCCAUUGUCAAGGCGACCAUCCAUCUCGACAUUGAGGAAGAGGACCGGAGGACAGUGUGGCUCGAAGACGCAGAGCGUGCGGCUAAGGGCGACUUCUUUGAGGUUGCGCGCGCCGUGUUUGUCGUCCUCAUCGAGUCGUUCCCCACAUCACCAAGCGUGUGGCGCAAGGCUGCCGAGUUUGAAAAGGCUCACGGCACGCCAGAGGCCGUGCAGGACAUUCUCAUGAAGGGUGCAGAGCACUGCCCUCAUGCCGAGGUGCUGUGGCUCAUGGCUGCCAAGGAGAAGUGGACCGGCGGCGACGUCGUUGGCGCACAACAGAUUCUGUCCAAGGCGUUCGAGCAAAACGAAGACUCGGAAUCCAUCUUCCUCGCCGCGGCCAAGAUUGCCGCUGAGACCAACGAGACCGAGGCCGCCCAGCAGAUUCUCCAAAAGGCACGUACACAGGCCAACACUGAUCGCGUGUGGAUGAAGUCUGCUGUCCUCGAGCGCCAGCUCGGCUUGCUGGACGAAGCCCUCAAGACCCUCGACGAGGCCAUCCGUCGCUUCCCCAGCUUUGACAAGCUGCACAUGAUCAAGGGCCAGAUUCUCGACCAAAAGGGCGACAUUCCCGCUGCACGCACCGCCUAUGCUCAGGGAUGCCGCUCAUGCCCGAAGAGCGUUCCACUCUGGAUCCUGUCGGCACGUUUGGAGGAAAAAGCGGGCGUCACCAUCAAGGCGCGUUCGUUGCUCGAAAAGGGCCGUCUCUACAGCCCCAAAAACGACAUUCUGUGGGCCGAGAGCGUCAAGAUCGAGGAGCGCGCAGGUUCAACACAGCAGGCCAAGUCUCUGCUUUCGCGCGCCAUGCAAGACUGCCCCACGUCGCCCCUCCUGUGGUCCAUGGCCAUCUUCCUCGAGAACCAGCAGCAACGCAAGGGCCGUUCCGUCGAUGCGCUCAAAAAGGCUGGCGAGCACCCAGCCGUUAUUAUCGCUGUUGCGCGCCUGUUCUGGGCUGAGCGCAAGGUCGAAAAGACGCGCCAGUGGAUGCAAAACGCCAUCACCGCCGACCCCGACUGGGGAGAUGCGUGGGGCUGGUGGCUCAAGUUUGAGCGCCAGCACGGCGAGGUCGAGAGGCAAGAGGCUGUCAUCCAAAAGUGCGAGGCUGCCGCGCCGCACCACGGUCCUGUGUGGCAGGUGGUGAGCAAGGAUCUGAACAAUGUGGGCAAGAGCACGCGCGAUAUCCUCGAGCUUGUGUCCCAGGCGGUGGAGUAG